AUGAGAAUGCGACGACUGCGGCGAGAGUUAAGGAGCCGAGCGAGCGGCCAAAGAGAUCGUGAAGUAGCGAAAGGGAGCCAAAGUGGAGAGGGAGAUGCUUAUGCGAAGACGGCAGCAGCUACGGCGACAAGACCGGAGCCGACCAAAGCGGCGGUGUCAGCGCGGAAGCUGGUGGCUCCGCUGGAGCUCUUUGAGGAGCUCUGGGACGAGCUGGCGGCGCUGGUGGAGCUGGAUGGAGACGAAGCCGAGCUGGAGCUGGAACCAGACGAGCUGGACGAACCAGAGCCAGAGCCAGUGGUGGGAGCGGAUCCGGAGGCGGCGGCGGAGCCAGAGUUGAGGCACGAUGUGUCGGAGCCAGCACGGACGGUGGCAGAGUCCGAGUAG